AUGUGUAUGCCUGAGGAUCAAGGUAGAGGGGAGCCUAGUCGAACCAUGGAUCUGCCCUCAGAUUUGAAACAUCUCUUUCUGAAAUGGCUGGAAGACGAUUGCAUUGUACAGAUCCAGCUUGGGUCUAAGCGUGCACUUCAAUUGACCAGGGCCAUGGAGAACUUGAAGAGGACGGAUGAGGCUAUCGAUAAUGUAAACAAGCUUAAAACUGUGAGGUACAUUGGCCCCAAGAUAACGGAGUUUCUGAAUAAAAAGCUUCUUAAAUACUGCAAUGACAAUGGAUAUCGUGUUCCUGAUUGGUGUAAAACAGCGGAAACUACCACAAGCUCCAGAAAACCCGCAACCCAGAAAGUAGCUAAACCCUCCACAUCAACUGGUCUAACUGGGGCACUUCCUGGUGGAAGAAGUAAGGGAAGACGGAAAUAUGUUCCUGCUAAAAAUUCCAGUGCGUAUGCAAUACUGAUAUCAUUGCUGGUCAAUGAUUCUGCUCAAACUGGCGUCCAGAAGAGCACCGUUAUUGCCGUGGCCAGUAAGUAUUGUGAACGAUCAUUCACCACUAACCCAGCUACAGGCCAAUUCUAUAGCGCUUGGAAUUCCAUUAAAACCCUCAUGAAUCAUGAACUGGUUGUGGAAUCAACGACAAAAAGGCCAGCAUUAUACUAUUUAACCGACGAAGGUAAACUGCUGGCAACUACUCUUGUUCAAGAGAUGCCUGAACAUCAGAGGCCUCAGAUUGAUGGCAAUGAUGAGGACUAUGACGCGAGACAAAGCACUCCCGCUGCAUAUUUUGCCAGCUGCGGGUAUCAAGAAUGGUCCGACUUCACUAUCAAAAUGAUCAUUGAUAACAGGGAGAUUAGAUCACAGACCGAAAGAGACUUUUUUCAGAACAAAAUGAGCGAUGCAAACGUGCCGAUCGAAAUUCGUCCAUUACCGGUUGGAGAUGUACUAUGGGUAGCUAGAAGCGAAGCCGGAGAAGAAGUGGUUCUAGAUACUAUUGUUGAACGGAAACGUUUGGACGAUCUUGUCGCUUCUAUACAAGACGGAAGGUUUCUAGAACAGAAAUCUCGACUCAAAGAAACCAAGCUAAAGAACAUAAUCUACAUCACUGAAGAGUUCACCUCAACGAAUCUGGGACAAAUGGCAGGUGCGGUUCAAACAAGCCUUUCAAUGAUAAUGACAAACUUCCAAUUCAGACUACAUCGUACCAAGGACGCAGAUGCGACUUGUAAGUUUCUCUCCAUUCUCCAUCGCAGUGUCUGCAACCGGUUCCAAAACAAACCAAUAAUAUGCAUCAAUGCCAUGAAGUUAGACGACAAUUCUCUCCCGGCUUUUCAGGAUAGUCUGAUGAAGUUUAGAAAAGAAAUGGACAAGGACGGUUGCUACAUCUAUAUUAAUUACAGCAUUUUUCAUAGCAUAUUCGGCAAGUCUAGCUUGGUUUCUUUGAAAGAGACCUACAUCAAGAUGCUGAUGACAACGAAAGGAGUAUCACUGGAUAAAGCUAUUCAAAUCCAAAGACACUAUCCAACACCACAAAGCCUCAUUAAGGCUUUCAGAGAAUCCAAGGACCCCAAACUACUAAGUCAACAUUUCAAACAGGAAAUCAUUACUCACAAGAAAGUGACAGCCAUACUGAGCGAAAAAAUAUUCCAGACAUGGGGUAUAUGA